CAUCCAUCCCCGGGAGCCCGUUCCACUACUCCAGACGCGGGGAAGAGAAUCCGCGACGGGAGGCGGCGACGUUCUCGAUCUCGUCUUCCUCCUGCGACUGGAGGCAGCGACUCUCUCGAUCUCCGUCUUCCUCCUGCGACCGGAGGACAGAUCGGAGGAGAGCCUUCCCACCAGCCCCCGCGCCCCUCGCCUCCCCACUGCUCGCCUCUCCCCUCCCCACUCGCCGUCUUCAGGACCUGCUAGAUCCACACCGCGCCGCCGCCAAUCAAGGCCGGCCGCUGUUGUCCCGACCUCGAAUUGUUGUUGUUCCCGUCCGUUCUAUUGUGAAAAGCGUACAAUUUUGGCCUUCUUUUCGAACUGUGCUUGUUCCCGUCCGUUCCCUUCCACCGUUUUCCAAAUAGCAAUUGCUAAUUUACCGUACUGGGAGGGGAAACCGGGGGUUCCCUCGUGGCCAGGGAAAUUCCGCUUGGGGGUGCUGUUCCCUGGUUUUGUCUACCCGGGCGUCCAAACGAGGCCUGAAGGGUAAGGAAAGAUUCCGUUUUGCUCUGUCUUGCUUUGCUCUACUUUCUCGAUCGAUUUGCACUGGGGUGGGGUGGCAUGGAUGCGCUCGUCUCGGCGGCGUUGGAGGAGGUGUGUGCCCGCCUCUCUGUCGGCCUCCCAGUGGCAGACCUCUGGCCCGCACUCUCCGGCGCGUUCCAGGUGGCCGGCCUCCCCCCCGACCUACCCGUCAAGCGCGUCCUCUUUGCCCGUCUCAUGGCGCUCCCUGUCAUCAACCUGGUGGACGGUGAGCCGCCACGGCUCGUCCAAUUGCCGGACAAGGACGUGGAGGUGGCCGAGCGGCUACUGCUCGCCACCCCGAAUCUCAGGGACAACUUCCUCGGGCUGUACGACCACCGCCACUCCUCUUCGAGGCUAUCUGACAAGCAGAGGAAGACGCUAGAAUAUAUCGGGGAAGCCAGGACUUGUUGUGUAACACAGAGAGAUCUAGCCCAGAAAUUGGACAUGCAACCAAAGAACUUUCAUUUUAUUGUAAAGAGCCUUGCAUCACAACGGUUGAUAGUUAGCCAACAAACUAUCAUAAAGGGUAAAGACAAUGGGGCUGAGGCUUCACGGAAUAAGAAGGUUACUAGCACCAACUCACUAUAUCUGUCCCGAUAUGCCAAAGGCAUGAACAUGAAUUCACACCAAAGAAUUGAGAUUACAGAGCUGGGGACUAAUGAACCCAAUGAAGAGGCCAAUAUAGAUGCUUUGCAAGAAGAUGGAGCUUUUGGUGUAAAUUUCAAGAAUGACAUAUCCGUUCAUGAUUAUCUUCCAGCAAUGGAAGCCAUAUGUGACAAACUUGAAAAUGCCAGUGGAAAGGCUCUUGUUGUGUCAGACAUAAAAAUUCAUUUAGAUUACAAGAUGGCAAAUGGACAUAGAGCAUGGAGAAAUGUAUUGCAUAAGCUAAUAGACGCACAGCUUGUCGAAGAAUUCAGUGCCGAAGUUGAUGAUAAGGUUGUUCGCUGUUUACGCCUGUUGAAGAAAUUUGAUCCAGUUGAGUUUCAACCGAGAAGUACAAUCCCAGACUACAAAAUUGGCCAGAAACACCAGGCAACUGAUCAAGUCAUGGAGCUUCCAUUAGAUAUGUGUAUAUAUGAUAUGAUCAAAGCUCAAGGGUCAAAAGGUAUUACUCUUGUUGAGCUUGGCAAACGUCUUGGGCACAAGAAUUCAAGAAAGCUUCAUGAACGUGUGUCAUCCAUGUGCGAAAGAUUAAAUUUGACUUUGGUCCGUGAAGUUAAACGUAAGAUAUCUCAGGACCGAGUUUGGACUAAACAAGAUUUCCUGCACUACAAAUCUGCUACUGAUCUGCAAAGUAUCGAGAGGCUCCCAGAUGAUAAUGCCAGCUGUUCCAAUGGAUGGUCACUAGUUCCAUCUAGAGGACCUGAUAGCCUGCAUGGUGACCUUGUUGUUAAUAACAAAUUCAUGUUUGAAGAGGAAUGCCACGAUGAACCAGUUGGACAUUACCUCCAAAGCAACCAUGAAGCUUGUCUUGGAGUCAAAAAAGAUACACUUGCUUUGGGUCGUAACAAGAGGCAUCGGUUCCCCUCUUCAACUUCUGAUGAUCAACGGCAAAGAAGGAUUUUACACAUGUUGAAGAAAAAGAGGUUUGUACUAAAGGUGGAAUUACAUAAAUGGUUAGAGAGGCUCGAAAAGGAAAAUGGAGAAAUGAUGGAUAGGAAGACAUUGGCUCGCACUUUGAAUAAGCUUCAGCAAGAGGGCAGCAAAUCAUCAGUAACAGAAGCUAUGUAUGCCAAUGGAUUCAUAGGUGCGAAAAUGAUUCGGGCGAAGCUGUUCCAUAAAUUUCUGUGGAUUUAUGUUAGUGGUUUGCCAAAUUGCUGCAUGCCAUCUGGUUAUUCCAAAGGAGAGCAUCAUGACAAGGACCUUAAUCAAUCAUGUCUUUUAUUUUCAAUGGCAGCAGCUAUUAAUGAAAUGCCUAUCGAACUUUUUCUACAAGUUGUGGGAUCAGCGAAGAAGAUCGAUAACAUGAUAACUAAAGUGCUUUCAGAAAUUCCUCCCAAGGAAUACAACCAGCUCAUGGAUACUCAUGCCAAGGGCCGACUCUCACGCUUAAUUAACAUUUUAGAUAAGCUCAAGUUGGUCCAAUUUGCAAAAGAACCUGUAGAUGAGUGGGGUGUACCAUCAGACGCUGUGCCUACACAUGCAAUGGAGCUCAGGCCUUACAUUGAGGAACCUACACGAAGAAUCCUUCCACCAUCCUACGUUAAUGUGAAUCAUCAUCCAAAAAUUCGGCACGAUUUUGUGCUUUCAAAGCAGGAGUUUGUUGGUGCUUACUGGGAAACAUUAGAGUACUGCUAUUUAACAGCUGGCUUUGCUGAACCAUUGAGUGCCUUCCCUGGCUGCUCUGUACCUGAGGUUUCUCAUCCUCGUUCAUGGAGUUCUCGUAGAGUGAUGACUAUGGAGCAACGGCUGGAGUUACAAAAGCGUAUUGUGAACAUUAGUGAGGAGGGAAGAAUUCCUUUCAAAGAUUGUCUUGUAAUUGCAAGAGAGUUGAAUCUCUCUGUAGAGCAGGUGCUGUGUGUUUCGUCCUCUCAGAAUAGACAGCCCAGGUUUCACGCGACUCAGAAGCAGCAAGGAGCUAGUUCUGGAUCGAUCUGUCAGAAAAGGAAAAGAUCUAAUAAGGUUACCCUAAGGCUUAUUAAACAAAAAUUACAAGCCAGUGGUUCUGCUGGAAAGCUACCAGCCCAGUCUACCCAGGAUGACGAAGUACCAGGGAGCAUUUCUGCAUCAUCCACAUCCGCUGGUAAAAAAUUCCAGUGGACGUAUGAGUCUAACAGAAAACUGCUGAUGGUAUACACUAGAUUUUGUGCAGCACGCGGACCCAAAUGUUAUUGGAACUCUAUCUCUGAUCUUCCAGCUGCACCACAUACAUGUCGUAAAAGGAUGGCAUACUUAAAUAAAAACAUAAAUGUUAGAAAAGCUGUAAUGAGAAUAUGUAGCCUUCUCAGAGAGGGAAGGAGAUCGAAAGUGAGCGAAUGCCAUUCCCAUAUUUCCAAUUCUAGCCAUGGGAACUGUGAAGAUUCAGAUUCUGAGAUAUUAAAUUGGGAUUAUUUUGAAGAUCCGGAAAUAAAAAAUGCACUUGAUGAAGUCCUUAAAUUCAUUCGAGUAGAAAAGUUGAACCACACCAGGGAAGUUAUGCAUAAUAAUGCAAAGAGCAAUAAUGAUAAUAAUGUCAAUGAGGAAAUUCCAAGUGGGCACGAAGAGCUGGUUAUGCAAGGUGCAACAAGUACAACCACUGUAAUUCCAGAAACUGGAUCACGUGAACCUGCAAAGUUGUCUAGACAUUCAAAUGCAUCGCAUGCAAGUAAAAGCGUGGACGUACCGUGUAUAUCUCAUGAAAAGGUCAUUAAGGUCAACAAAGAUGAAAUUACUAGAAGAGAUGGAUGCAAAUCCUUAGCAGUUGCAAAUGCGAUAGAGCUUCUGAAGUUGGUUUUUCUCAGCACAUCAUCAGGAUCAGAAGUACAAGCUUCUUUAACGGCAACUCUCCAGCUAUAUUCAGAGAGUGAAAUUGUCGCUGCCUUUUCCUUUCUCAACGAGAAGAAGUUCACGGUUAGUGGAAAUGGAACAAAGCCAUACACCCUUUCACGGAAAUUCUUCUUAGAGGCUUCUCAGUCACCCUUCCCAUUUGGUUCAGGAAAAAAGGCUUCUGAAUUUUCUAAAUGGCUUAUAAGGCAGCAAAAGAACAUUACUGAUGAUAGAAUUUAUUUGUAUCCAGAAGUAGAAUGUGGGGAAAUUGUUCAUCUCUUUUCUCUGGCUUGGUUAGGAGAGUUGUCCAUUUCACCUUCCUUGCCAAGCGAAGGAGUUGGUGACACUGAUGGGCCUAAUGGCUCUAAUUCUUUGGUUGAAGAUUCCAGUGGACUGUACGAUGCCAUUCACAAACGCAAGGCUGAUAUGGUGGAACAGGAAAGCAGUGCAACUAAGAAACACAAACCUUGUUAUCGCCGCGAGAAAGGUUUCUCUGGUAUCCAAGUUGCUCUAAAUCAAGAGGAAAUUCAAACAAGCCAUCUCACGCAAGUGUUACAUGACGAAGAGUGCCUUAUUUUUAGUUCAGCCAGGGAAAUGAGCAGAAAUGAUGUUGAUGCUCAGGCUGAGAGCCAGAACACGUUACUGUAUUUAAAUAACUCCGGUUCAUGUCGGCGUAUGCUGUCUGAAUCUCAGUUGGAAAACUCUUAUAACGGAUGGCCUUGGGAUGCUAUGAAAACAUAUGCUGAUCAGUUACAGUCAUCAUCUUGUAAUCAAACUGAAUCAUGCAUAUUGUCUUCUGAUCUGUUCAGAAAUGCAUUUUGUGUUAUUCAUCAAGGUGGCGAAGGAGGAGUUAAUCUGACAGAAUUGUCACAGGAACUGCACCCAUUAGGCACACGGUUAAUUGAUGUGAUUGUUCAUACACUCAAGAGAUUUCAUCUGGCCAUGGAGGUCAAUGCGUAUGAUGGUUUCCAGAUCGUUGACUCAUUACAUAAAUCAAAGUAUCAUCUAAGCACACUUGCAGAAUACAGCAACUGCAGCUGUUCACGAGAUCCAGCUUCUCAAUUAGGGGAGACUGGAGGCGCGGAAAAUAUACUGAAAGAGAAGCAUGCCAUGUCUAGUGAGCAGGGAACUGUAAAAAUGCUUGGUGAUGGGCACACUGUCACAGUUCUUAGUGUUCAACGCAAGUCGAGCUCAUCUCAUACGUGCAGUCAAAAUCCAGGAGAUAAGGAAGCAAUGUCUACUCCAUCAGAAGACAGCAGGGAGAGUGAUUGCCACCAUGCUUGUGAAAGGCAUAUCUAUCACCCUAUAUUACCAUGGAUAAAUGGUGACGGCAGUACAAAUAGUACCGUCUACGAAGGUUUAACUCGUCGUAUUAUUGGCUACGUCAUGCAGUACCCAGGAAUAGUAGAGGAGGAUGUUAUCCAUCAGAUGGAAGUAUUGAAUCCUCAGACAUGCAGGACCAUAUUGAAAAAGCUGACGCUUGAUAGGCACCUCUAUGUCCGCGUGUCCGGAGAACCUGUGCAUGUGGCUCCCACCAUAUUACAGAGUCUUUUCAGUCAGGGCAGUAGUACAGAACCAUCCAAGCGUAGAAGGCGUUACUUCGCUAACCCAGCGAGUACAUUCAUGUUAUAAGAGAAAUUUAGUUUUGGGCGCAAAGUUUGAAAAAUGUUCCUUGUCCAAUUGUGAAAUGUUACCGUGAACGUAUUCUUCGUCAUCUGUAGGCUAGCUGCGUAGUGUAUUUUCCAUAUGGUGUAAUGCAGGGCCGUCGCUCAGCCCUUAGUCCAAAACUCAUAUGAUUUAUUUUUCUUAUUUUUUCUUAAAUCAUGGCCCAAUUGAGCCUGGUGGGUUGAUACA